GUAGGACUAUAAAUAGGAGGCAUGAAGCCAGUGGAGAUCACAUUGUGGACAGCACACACAUCCAGCCAUGGCACCUACAAUCACUGCAGCAGUCUGCCACUCUCAGCAGCACGUGACACUCACACACAAGCUCAGAAAGCCUCUGGUGGAGAAGUUACGCCGAGAGCGAAUCAACAGCAGCAUCGAGCAGCUCAAGUCUCUCCUGGCACCAGAGUUCCUCACGCAGCAGCCGGACUCCAAGCUGGAGAAAGCGGACGUCCUGGAGAUGACCGUCUGCUUCCUGAGACGACUCAAGUCUUUGGACGGCUCGCCCGUCCAUCGGGGUUACUCCAGGUGCGCUCGUGAGGUGGCGCAUUUCCUGUCGGAGGAGCGGGCGAGGGCACACUUCCAGCAACUUCGGUUUUCCAGUGAGGAGAAGCUGAGAGAGGAGAACGUCUCUCCUCUGAUCUCCCCAGUACACAGCAGCAUCACCAAGGAGGCGAGUUCGUCCCACAGCGCCCCCUGGAGGCCCUGGUAGACCCUCUGGACUUUUGCUGAAUUUGCCUUUUGUAAAGGCUUACAUGCUGCUGUGUUCUUUUUUAAAAGAAGUCAGAUGCUUUGUAUUCAAAUGUUACUCGGUGUAGUAAGUAGAAUUAUUCCCAAUGGGAAUGCACAUGUAUUUCUUCCAUCACACCGUUGAAUGGUGUAUUUGGUGUUUUUCUCCAUUCAGGAGCACGUCAUACAUGUUGAACAUGUUUCAGUUAUUGUAAGACUUAAUGUGAUCUGCAUUCGAGCCAGAUGUUUCAAUGUGCUGCUUCUGUGAGUGACAGCACACACACCUUCAGUGAAGGUUAACUGUGUUCAAAUGAAUGUAUUCCUUUCAAGCCAAGGCAUUCGCAU